AUGAUAUUGAGGAGUUCUUCGGGUGAGAUUAUUUUUUCUGCAUGUAGAGCCUUAUUCUCUUGUCGUGAUGCUCUUGAAGCAGAACUAUGCGCCUGCAUGGAGGGACUUUCAUCGUCUAUUCAGCGUUCCGAUCUACCUAUUGCUAUUGAUGUGGAUUCUGCUAUGGUGGUGGCCAUGAUCACUUGUGAUGAUAUGAACCGUUCAGCGUAUGCUUCUUUAGUUAAUGAGAUUAGAUACCUUUUUACUCUCCGGCAAUCUUGUAUUACUCAUGUUUCGUGGUCGCAAAAUAAGGCCAGCGACAGUCUAGCUUCUUUUGGUAGAACUCAGGGUAGGACUAUGACUUGGAUUGGAUCAGGUCCUUCAGAGGUGUUGGAGUUGGUAGCAACAGACUGUACUGAACCUGUGAUUGAGUAA